AUGAUUGCUAAAUUUGAGACAUUAUACAGGCAGUAUAUCUGUGGGAAGCUGGCAUCAAGUUGGAAGACAUUUGGAAUUCCUUUUGUGGGAAGCUGUAAUAUCAUAAAUGGAUCUGAUAUACGUAACCUGUAUUUGAAAUUACUUAAUCCUUUCUCAGCACACAGUAGAGAUUCUAUGGACAUGUCUGAUGACGUUGAGAACACUGCAACUGAAAAUUUAACUGAGAUGGAAGAUGCCACUGGUUGUGGGAGUGGGGAUGCAGAAGCUGCUGUCAGGGAAGAUUUUGAUAUACAUUCUGAUACUGGCUUACGGUUUUACCUAACAGACGAAAAGGGAACAAUCAGGGGCACUGAAAUUGUAAUGAAUGAGCCCGUGAGUUUGACUGCUUUGCCUAAGCGGUUGAGUGUCCUUGUACAUUGGCCAGAUAAGAUGGUUGAACGGUACAGUACAGGCCUUCGUAGCCCAUUGCCUGAAAUUUUCAAGUCUGGAUUCUUGGUGAAAACGCCUCAAGAGUCUGUUUCUCUGUAUAAAUGCCUUGAAGCAUUUCUCAAGGAGGAGCCCCUUGGACCAGAAGAUAUGUGGUAUUCUAGGAAGCUUGAAAGGAGAUCAGAAAGAUCGGACGACAUUAUUAUAGUAGAGGUCAAAUGUUUCUGUGAAGAGUACUGCCCCAUCUGCAAGAAGCAUUGCCAAGCCAGUAAAAAAUUAGAUCUUUGGAGGUUGCCAGAGAUUCUGGUGAUUCACUUGAAAAGAUUUUCUUACAGCCGGUUUUUGAAGAACAAGUUGGAGACAUAUGUUGAAUUUCCUAUCCAAGAUCUUGAUUUGUCGACAUACAUUGCCUAUAAAGAUGGACGAAUAUCUAACCGAUAUAUGCUUUAUGCAAUCAGUAAUCAUUAUGGAAGCAUGGGAGGUGGUCAUUAUACUGCAUUUGUUCAUCAUGGUGGUGAUCGCUGGUAUGACUUUGAUGACAGCCACGUUUCUCCCAUCAGUGAGGACAGAAUAAAGACUUCAGCUGCUUAUGUUCUUUUUUAUAGAAGAGUUGAAGACGUCUAACAUAAUUUCAGAGCAAUCAACUAAUGAGGCUAGAUUAUUUCUUUUUGUCAGCUUAGUCUAACAAGCAUUAUACUAAAGGUUGCAUUCUUUGGUCUCUGGUGCUAAAUUGUUGUCACUGGUGGAGUUUUCAAGAUAUGGAACAGAAAUGAAGAUUGUAAGAAUAGUUUUGGUGCCAGAGACAAUGUAAAAUAUUCACAUCCAAGGAGGUCAGAAUCAUACCUCAGAGCACCUUCAAGAUUUGUAAGAUUAGAAACUUGUGUAACCUCUCUUUUUCUUUUUUGACCCUAACAGUAGAAGCCAUCUGAAGAAGUUUUUUUUUC